AUGCUACUUGAUCCUAUAGUAACUGGUUCGAGAUUUUUCCCUUCGCACUCAUUCAGGCCUGUUCUCUGUGUGUUGUUACUUCAUAAUGCUGGGCUGAAAUCAAAAGAUAAUAAUGCUCGAACAAUGGCCAUUGAACUUCUUGGUACUAUCGCUGCAAGGUUGAAACAUGAUUCUGUCAUCUGCAGGGAGGAAACAUUUUGGAUUGUAAAGGAGUUGAUGAAUGAUGACAGUGCUGAUUCUAGUUCUCCAAGAGACACAUGUUCUCUUUGUUCUGAGUCAGUUUCCGGAAGGUCUACUUUUGCUUGUCAAAGUUGUGAUAGACAAUUUCAUGUUGAUUGUAUCGGGGGAAGAGAGCAUGAUACUACUCACAACUUUGAUUGUCAACUUUGCUUAUGUGAGAAACAGCUUCUUGUUUGGAAAACAUAUUCUGUAUCCCAGAAUCAGGAUGACAAGAAAUCUAAUCACAAUCGUUUGGGGAAGUCUUCUCGAACUAGAAUCACAGUCUCAAAAGAAGAGAUUAUCCAACAAAUGCUCCUAAAUUAUUUGCAGGAUGCAGGGUCUGGAGAUGAACUACACCUCUUUAUACGAUGGUUCAUCCCUUUUUAUCUUUGCCUUUGGCAUAAAGAUGACCCUGCCGCCGAACAGAAGUUCCCUUAUUUACUUGAGAGGUUGAAAUCCAGAGCAACUGUUCCUGAUUCUCAUGUGGACUCAUCUUUCAUGUCAAGGGAUUCCAUGAAAAGAAUUACUUUGGCAUUGGCACAGAAUAGUUCGUUUGCCAGAGGGUUUGACAAGAUUCUUCAAGUUCUACUCGCAAGUCUGCGGGAGAACUCGCCGGGGAUCCGUGCUAAGGCUUUGCGAGCGGUUAGCUUUAUAGUAGAAGCAGAUCCAGAGGUAUUGGGUGACAAGCAUGUCCAAGCAGCUGUUGAAGGGAGGUUUUGUGACUCUGCUAUAUCAGUUAGAGAAGCAGCGCUAGAGCUUGUUGGUCGUCAUAUUGCUUCUUAUCCUGAUGUUGGUCUAAAGUAUUUUGAGAAGGUAGCAGAGAGAACAAAAGAUACUGGAGUAAGUGUGCGGAAACGUGCCAUUAAGAUUAUUAGAGAUAUGUGCACUUCUAGUGCCGACUUUUCACAUUAUACAACUGCUUGUGUUGAGAUAAUUUCUCGUAUCAAUGAUGAAGAGUCAAGCCUACAGGAUCUGGUUUGUAGGACAUUUUAUGAGUUCUGGUUUGAGGAGUCUGGCACACCGGGCCAUCUCUUUAAAGAUGGUAGUUGUGUUCCAUUGGAAAUUGCUAAGAAGACGGAACAGGUUGUUGAGGUUUUGAGUAGAUUGCCAAAUCACCAACCUCUUGCAGUUGUCAUUAAACGAACCUUAGCCCUUGAUUUUUUACCACAAGCAGCUAAAGCUGCAGGGAUAAAUCCUGUAUUACUAGCUUCAGUUCGCAAGCGCUGUGAGCUUAUGUGCCAGUGUCUGCUGGAGAACAUAUUGCAGGUUACUGAAAGGAAUGUCGAUGAUGGAAAGGGGCAUAUGCUCCCAUACAUUCUGUUGUUGCAUGCCUUCUGUCUUGUGGAUCCUACAUUAUGCAUACCAGCUUCCGAUCCUUCACGCUUUGUAAUCACGCUGCAGCCGUAUCUUAAGAGUCAGGUUAACAUUUCAACUUUUAUGUAUCAUAGCCACUACAGUCAAGUGAAUCACCUAUCCUCAGUAGUUUUCUAUAAAGAUUUGGAUGCACCGUGUAUGCAUCAAGAAGUCUCUUAUUCUGUUUGUUCUAAUUACUUGCUUUUGUACAAUCUGUUAUGGUCGCGUCCGAUGGUCAUUGUGCAUUCAGCAUUUUAUGUUUAUAUGUAUGUAAAGAGGAAUUGGCUUGUUUUGACAUUGUAGAUGCUUGUGUUGAGUCCAAACUUCCUGUUGUUUACUAUAUACUAAUUUGCUUCCUAGGGGAAUCCUUCUAUAUGCGA